AUGGGUGACACCCGGGGUAGGGGGGCCCCCCGGUUUUCUCGUUUGCGUUCUUCUGGCUUAAGCAGCAGAAAAGGAGGAACAAAGGGAUCUCGGGGAGGAGAUGAGGAGAGGCCCCUUAUUAACUCUUCCGUGGCCUCCAAACGGAAACGCAUAGAAGAUGAAAACAUCGAUUCCGAUUCUGCCUCAGGCGCGGACAGCCCGCCCUCUACAGACGACGAGUCAGAAGGAGCUGAUGAGACGACGGACGAGGCUCGUUUGCGUAUAGCCCAGCAGUAUCUUCGGGAGGUGUCUGCAACAGCAAAGGGGAAGCGGCCAAAGAGGACCUCAGCAGCUCUUCCUUUUGCUGCUGCUGAACCAGCAGCAGCAGCAGAUCCAGAUCCAGCAUUUGCUUCCUCAGAAGAGAGCGACGGAGACAAAGAUGGAGAAGACUCAGAUGAAGAUGAUCUGUUUGAAUACGAAGACGAAGAAAAGGCGACACUGGCAGCAGAACUCAAGAAGAAAGCAGAAAGAGGCAAACUUUCUUCUCGUCAGACUUCUUCUGUUGCCGCGCGUCUUCGACUAAAAGACGUCGCCUUCUUCAGAGGCCAUAAACUCCCAGUCACCUGCGUCGCCCUUCCUGGUGAGGGAAGCUGCGACCCCAGCAGCAGCAGCAGCAGCAGCAGCAGGGGGUAUGCAUACACUGGGGGGAAAGACUGCUGCGUGAUCCGGUGGGACUUGGAGACGGGGAAGAAGGAGAUCUUCAAGGGCCAGAGAAACUGCUUCGGUGGUGCAGCAGACGGAAGCAGCAGCAAAAGCAGCAGCAGCAAUAAACAUGCAAACACUAGGGGACAUUUUCGCGCUGUGUUGAGUGUUUGUGUUACUGGGGAUGAACGUCUUCUCUUCUCCGGUGGUGCUGACCACACAAUUAAAGCCUGGGACCCGCGGGCCUCCAACGAGAGUCAGCAGGCAGCAGCAGCAGCAGCAGCUGCUGCUGCUGCUGCUGAUGCUUCUCCCGCAGACUAUACACUCCAGGCGCUGCAGAAAGCACCCGCACCCCUACGAGCCACAGCAGCUGCAACAGCCGUCUCUGCUCUCUGCGCUCUCCCCUUCACUGACGCGCUGCUUGUGGGCACAGAAGAGGGAACUGUGCAGCUAUGGGAGGCAACCCAAAGCGCCAAGAAAGCAGGAGGCGGCUCUCUGCGCGCGUUGCCUGGUGCAUGCAUUGGGGCUGGAGGAGCAGUGAGUGGGAUCUCCCUGUCUAGCAACCACUCCUUUGCUGUUGCUGCUGUCAGCACAGAAAGCCGGCUGGGUCGGUGGUUUAAAUACGAAGGGGGAAAGAACGGCAUUCGUAUCAUGCAGAUUCACAAAGACUGA